GCAGGGCAGUGCCCCUAAAACAACAUUUAGGGGAGUUUUGGAAUGGAAGCUGGGAGUGAGGGCUGGGGUUUGGUUUGCCUCGGAGCCCCUGGUCCCCCAUGCUGCUCCCCUGGUGGAUGUCCCUGUGUGUGGCUGGGAAGUGCCACCUCUCUGGGGACAGGUGAGUGUCCUGAGGGUUGUCCUGCACCUUUCCAGCCUGCGCUGGCUCAGCUCCACGGAGAUGAGCUGAAGAAUUUUGGUCUCAUCCUUAUCCAAACAGCAUCUCCAGGGCCGGGAUUGAGUUUGGCAGCAGGCGGGCUGCAAAUCUGCUCACCAGAUUUCUGGGAAGCUUGGGAGAGGCAGAUGAAGCAGAAAGGUCCUUUCCAAGAGCUCCCUCGCUGUGCUCACCCCCAGCAGCUCCCUGGCACGCCAAGCCCCCCAUUAUCCCCCUUUGUCCCCUCUGCCAAGGGCUUUCCUGGAAAACCAAAAUCGUGGGCUGAGCUCAUGGGGUGCAGCUGCUCUCUCAUUGCAGCCACAGCUUUUAUCAUCAGUUGUGCCUUGUUUUAAUUUAAUAAAUAGAGGUUUGGGGCUUUUUGAAGGCUGCUCCUGGAGGAGCAGCACAUGGGUCUGGGCUCACCACAGCUCCUGGGAGUGGUGGGGACAGUGGAAUUGCCAACAGCCCUUUCCAAGCAGGUGCUGCCUUCAGAGAUCCCAAAUCAGCAGCCUCGCCCUGCUCUGAGGGAUUUGAGCUCAGAGCAGGAACACUGAGGCUGGCUGGGUGCUGCAACAUUCCCUGGAUUUGAGGUACCUGGGCUGGCCGUGGGGGUGCAGGGGGGUGAGUGCCCCUUCAGGGGGGUUUUCCUCAGCACAGGGGGCUCCUCUCUGUCCAGAUUAGAAAUUUUACAGAAUAUUGUGCUUUAGGAACUUGGGUCUGCUGUCCCCAAAAUAUCAGCCUUUGCCUGAAGGGAAAAGGGGGGCAAAGGGCACACAGGGGCUUUUUCCAUCCCAAAACUGGCAGCUGGAGCUGGCGACUUUCCAGCUGGAAAAUUAUCUGUCCAUGGAUUAUUUCAGGUGCUCCAGGCUGUUCCCCAGCCCAAAAUCUGCUGCUUGCCAUGAGACCCUCCUGAAAACCCAGGUGGGCUGUGGAUGGACUCAAGGAGCUCCCAAAUCCAGGCAUUCCUGGCUCAGGACACACAGCUGGGAUGGGAAGGGACAGUGGUCGCUUCCAAGGGCUGAUGCUGUUUAUAAGGCCACGUUGUCAGUGCAAGUCCUGCUGCUUGUUUUUUCCUUUAUAAAUAGCUGUGGAGUUCAUGGAAAUCUGGGAUUGCUUUCCAGGAGGAAAUGUGGGCUGAGAUUUUGGGAAUUUAGGAACCAGAUCACUCAUUUUGCUUUCUUUUUUUUUCCUUUUAAACUGAGCUCAGCUCCAAUAAGGAGCCCGAAGCUCUCUAAGGCACGGAGAAUUCCAGCACAGCCAAAGGCUUUUGCUGGCCCUGAAAGGCAAGGCUGGGAACUGCAAGGGGAAGGAAAAUCUGAGGAGAACACCCACCAUGGCACAUCAGCUGGUUUAUUCCCAGGAUGGAUUCUGAAGUCUGGAUCAAGUUCCUUCGGCUCCGCGGGUCUGAGACGCGGCCAGCAGGGAAAACUGCCCUGGGAAAGAGGAGGAAAACCUGCUCGUGGUGGGAAAACCGCUGGGAAAAACAUCGAGGACACUUUGGGGGCUGUGACAGCAUCUCCAGAACUGCUUUUAGGAGGGGAGAACAGCGGAGCCGCCGCAUCCCUGCGCUCGCACCAUGCCCCUCUCCCGCCACACCGGCCAAAUCCCGGAGUCCACCUGGACCCUGGGCUUCAGGGAGAUGACGGAGCCCUGGAAAGGCGCCGUGGGCUGCCUCGGCGUGGCCGUCUUCUUCGCCAUGACCAUCGGCAUCAUCUCGUGGCAGGCGCUGGAGCAGCCCCCGGAGGAGUGGGUGCUGCGGGGCCGGGACGCGGGGAUGCUGUGGGAGCGCGGCCGCGGGGCGCUGCUGCUGCGGGCGCUGCCGGCCGGCCGGCCCGUGCUGGCCAUCGCCGUGGGCAGCGUGCCGGCCGCCGAGCCCCCGCCGCCCCGAGACCGCUGCUGGCACGACGGAGGCCAGUUCUGCUAUGCCUGGGAGGAGGACGCCGAGCUCCGGCUGUCCCUGGAGCCGCCGGCAGCCCCCGGGACGGAGUGCUACGGCGUCCGCUGGACCCCGCUGCGCCCCGACGUGACCCUGAAGGUAACGGGGACCCCUCCGCCCGGCCCCGAGCCUUUGGGAUCCAGCGAGGGCGGCUCUGGGCUGCCCAUCAUCCCCGUUAUGGGUUACAAUGCCGGCGGCUGGUUUAAGGGCAGCACAGAUGUCUGCGGGAAUAAAAUGUCCUGCAAGUGUAGCAGCAACGGGGAAAUGCCUGAGGAUGGGGUGGCCCAAGUCACUCCUGGGACAUCCCGUGCUCUUGUUGUGCCUGGUUUGUUUUUAAGCCCAGAUCUGUGCCCAUUGCUGCAUCCCAGCUCUACUCGAGUGGUUUUGUGGCUCCCUGAUGCUGCUGUGGGAUGCUGCGUUCAGGCAGGAGUUCAGCUGCUGGUGUCAUUUUUUGGGGUAUAUUUGGAUUUUUCUGCAGAACACCAAACUUCAGGAGUGACUGUGACAGUGGCUCCCGACGUGUCCCUGCUCCUGUCUCUGGAGAGCCAGCGGCAGUUCUGCCUGGAGACGCCGGCGGGGCGAGCGGAGCCCCUGCACUACCAGCUCUGUGUCAGCGCCGACGUGGCGGCCGCCCGCCGGCACAGGGCCGGCGCUCCGGCCGGAGCAGCUCGGACACUGCCAGACACCGCGCUCCUGCGGUCUCCGAUAUGGCGCUACCACGGCCCGGAGGGUUCUGCCGCCAAAAUCAAGCGAGGCCUGAGGUCGCUGGUGAGGAGGCUGAGGCGCCAUCGCCUUCAGGAAGGCGUCGUGGCCCUGGGGGAGCGCGGCACCGCCGUCCUCGCCGCCGCGGACCUCGUGCCCUCGGAGCGCAGGAGGAGGCAGGCCCCGGCGCUGGUGGAACCUCUGGAGCUCUCCAUCACGCUGUCCCCGUACGCUGGUGUCACCUCCCCGCUCUUCCUGCGCUCCCUGCGUGGCGGCGAGGCCACGGGAUACUGGCUCAGCCGCCAGCCCCGACCCGGGGCCAGCUCGAUCCCGCUGCUGACCACCUGGAAGGGGCAGCUCUGUGCCCGCCUGAACGCCACCAGCGAGGCAGCGCUGGGCUGGUACCUGGCUCGUGCCCGGCGCCUGCGGCAGGCGCUGGGGGCCACCUACGUGGCCUUCGAGGGAGUGGAGGGCAAUUCCUUCCUGGAGCAGGAUGUCCCUGCUCCCGCCGGGCUGGAGGGAGAUGGAUACACCGAGGCGCUGGCGGCGGCGCUGGCGACGCUGGGCAAUGGCACCAUCAUCAGCGCCGGGAGCAGAUCCAGUCACCUCCCGCUGUUUGUCCAGAUGAGCCCCCUGCGCUCUGACUGGAGCCACGCCGGGCUGAAGGGGCUCAUCCCCUCCGUGCUGCACUACAGCCUCCUGGGCUACAACUUCUUCAUCCCUGAUGCAGUAGGAGGGAGCGUGGCUGGAGCCACCCCAGGGGACCCGGAGCUGUUUGUGAGGUGGCUGCAGAUUGUGACAUUCCUGCCCGUGAUGGCCUUUGGGACCCCGCCCUGGCUCUGCUGUGACACCUGGGUCCUGAAUCUGACCCGCCAGUGCAUCCAGAGGCACCGGGACUUUGUCGUGCCCCUGCUCCUAAAAUACAGCGAGGAGUGGCAGAGUUUGGGAUACCCCAUCUUCCGUCCUGCCUGGUGGCUCAGCCCCACGGAUCCAGCUGCAUUCACCAUAGAGGAUGAGUUUCUCAUUGGAGAUGAGGUCCUGGUUGCUCCAAUAACAGAAAAGGGACAAACGUGGAGGGAUAUCUACCUGCCAGGAGAGGGGCACCUCUGGCUGGACACCAACACUGCCCGAGUGUUUGAUGGUGGCACCACGCUCAGGAAUUACUCUGCCAGCCUGGCAGAGGUGCCCGUGUUUGUAAAGACCUCCUGAAUCCAGGCUGGGCAGCUCUGGGACAGACACCUCCGAGGGCAGCACUCCCCUCAGACUUCCAGCCUCUGCACUUUUCCCAGAUCCUUUUUUUGGUUUUGUUUUGUUUUUUACUUCAGCAGAAAUUGUCUGCAUUUUCUUAUGUUGUUACCCUAAAGUAGUGGUUCUGCCACCAGCAUCCAUCCACACAGAAUGCUGCAUUUUUUCCAGGGUUUUCCUGGUGAAAUAUUUGUGUAUGUUCAAGUGGGAAUGUCCAGCAUUUCCAGGUCCCUGGCACCAUGCUCAGAGAGGCAGGGAGAGGAUUUUCCAGGAGAUAAAUAUCAGCUUAUACCUGAGGAGAAGUUUUGUAUUUAAUGAAAAAAUUAAAUCUAGGGGGAAAACUACCAGGAUAGUUUUGGUGCUGUGUGUGGCCACCUCCUGUGCUGAGCAGUGCUUCCCCCACCUGAGGCUGUGUGUGGUCUCCAGGUAACAAGAGCCCACCUUCUGAGUAUAUUUGGGGAAAUGAAUGAAUUCCAGGUGCAUUUAAAGCAGGUUUCUGUGGAAGAAAAAUAAACUUGAUCAAGCAGA